GGUUUGUUUUUUUAGCCGUUUGUUGUGGUUUGUACUUUGUUGUUUGAUUAAGAGUUUCAUUAUUAUUUUAGUUUUAUGUUAAAUAUGAUACAUGACGCGUUGCUUGUUUUAUGGGAUUGUUCGCAGAGUACAAAUAAUUCCCAGCCUGAACCUGUAGCCUAUGCCAAUGAGGGCGAUGCUGAAAUUUAUAAAAGGAUACAAAAUAUUGCCAAGAGCCACAAUAAAAUACAGAGUUUUAUACUGGAGGCAUCGUUUCAUGCUAGAAAAAUUCUGACAGCCUCAGAUCACAGAUCUUAUGGACUAUAUGGGCAAGCUUUGAGCGAAGGUAUAUCAGAAAUCCUCCAGUCAUACAGAAAUACUUUGAUGGAAGUAGAGAGCUUAGUAUUAGGAAACCAGAAUUACACACUAUCAUUUGUAUACAGCCAUGUGGAAAAGUUUCAAGGGUUAUUUCUCACAUUAAUCAAGAUUAUAAGCACAAUAAAAGAGAGAAGACUGACUGGUUGCCAAAUAUUGAGCUUAAUACAUCAGUAUAUUUUGAACGGCGACAAACUUGUACAUGAAGCUAUUAUUCAAAUAUUUUCUUGCCUCAACACUGUAUUUAUAAAUCAACUUUGCACAUGGCUGUUGUAUGGUGAUUUGAGGGAUCCCUAUGAAGAAUUUUUUGUGUAUCAAAUUAAGAAGAACGAGACUUCAGAUACAAUUGUUUCAUCUCAAUCUACCUCUAACACAUGCGAUAAGUCACUUGUUUCAACACUCCAACAAACGCCAUUAGACUGCGGUUAUAACCUUAACCCCAACAUGAUUCCAUACUUCAUACCUCUCUCACUGGCUCAAGAAAUACUGUUUAUCGGCAAGACUGUUAUAUUAUUCGGUUUCGAUCCCAAAAAAGUGAAGAAAAGCAGUAGUUUCACUAUAAGCAGACCAAUGUUGACAUUGCAAAAGAUGAACGCUGAUUCUAGAAGAUUUACUAUUUGGGAAGAAAACGAAGCUGAAUUCCACGAGAAAUUACAAAAAUUGAAGAAUCCAAAAGAUUUCGAAGUAAGCAACUUGAGAGGUGUAGUCAGAGAAAUCAAGGAAUGUGUUACAAAGCAUCUAUGGGUAGUGGCGGUGGAAGAAGCCCAACUGUUACACGAACUGCGUCUAAUGAAGGACUUCUACUUGUUGGGGAGAGGCGAGUUGUUCCUAGAGCUGUUGCGACUCACCGCGCCCAAGCUAGACAAGCCUACGACGAGAACAUCCACCAGAGACAUGAACCACGCCUUCCAACUGGCUGCCAGGGCGGUAUUCCUGAGUGACAGCGCCGACAUAGAGAAGUUCAGCUUCGAGCUGCCGUAUGUCAAGCCGAACAGCUCCGCCAACUCGAAUAUGGAGGACGAGGACAGCAGCACUGUGGAAGACGGUUGGUCCAGCAUCAUUCUGAAGUACGACUUCAAGUGGCCGCUGCAUCUCAUCUUUGCCCCCGAAGUGUUGGCGCGAUACAACGACAUGUUCCGCCUGCUGCUCGUCAUAAAGAAGACCCAACACAACUUGCACGUGCUCUGGAAGACUUACAAGCAAUCCAAAAGAUUCUCAAUGUGCCAACUGCACAACAAGUUGAUGUUCCUGAUGGACAACCUGCAGCACUACCUGCAGGCGGACGUGCUGGAGACCAACUUCUCGCGGUUGAUGGACGCCGUCAACAGAACCAACGACUUCGAGAAGUUGAAGAGUGCGCACGCCACGUUCCUCGCCGAUAUACUGAGCCAGUCCUUCUUGACUGUUACAUCGUCUGACAACGACUCUGGUGACACAAUGGACUCGCUGAACAACCCUGUGUUCUGCAAUAUAAUGGAACUGCUGAAACUGUGCGACUCGUUCUGCAGCAUGAACGAGCUCGGCUCGGACAGGGAGGCUGAGGAUUACUACUUGCAAGGAUAUUCUGAACGGUACAACAAGCUAGUGAAACAGUUGAUGCAACUGCUGGCGUCAUUCCGCGACCGUCCGAGCGGCGUGUACCUCGCGCGGCUGCUCAUGCGACUCGACUACAACCGCUGGCUCAGCGGCGAGGCGCAGCUCGCGCAGUCCGUCACCAACAUGCUGCGAUAGUCUUCGUCAGCCUCGGACUAAUUGGAUAAGGACCUGCCUGUAUGGAGCCCCCGGACUACAGGGACCUCUCGUGUGGAAGAAAAAAAUUGUAAAAUGUAAUCCACGAUCUCACCAAAUCUUGUGCUAUUUUCUCAGACCAAUUAUAGAAGGACCUGCAUCGCACUCAUAGUCACGCACAAAAUUGUCUGUCAUUUUCUGAGGAAACCGAGCUUAGAUUUUGUGUAUAUCUCAUACUAAACUAGAAGAUUUGCCCGUUUUUUACACAAUUCAAUUACACAUUAAGGUAUUUUUACGGAGCUCUGUAACCGACGAACACGAUCACAACUAUUUAACAUCGAUUCGAUAGAGACAGUUUUUAUGAUCGCAUUAGAUCGUUGAUCAUAUACUUUGACAGAGAAGUAACGUCUAGCGAGGCAGGUCCUAUACAAUAAUUGGUCUGAGGCUAUUUUAGAAUUUAAACUAUCGUGAGUGUUAUUCAUAUUAAUUGAUUAUGAAACACGGCUAAAACUCACGUGAUAUUACACGUAGUUUUAGCCGUGUUUCAUAAUCAAUUAAAAUCUUGUGCUUUCCGCAAAAAACAAAAAUCUGCAGUUUUUUUUUAAAUUAAAUUUUUUAUCUUUUUUUUUGUCUUACAUAUUUAGUGUCAUAUUUAUUUUCAGCGAGCAUUUUUCUUUCUUUUGUGUGAAAUCUUAUACCCUUCAUUUUGUCGCAAUUAAUUGUGAUACCACCAAUCGUUUCUAGUCCCAAAUAGCUAUAGCAUGGAAUACAGCGUCACUGUGUCGUUUUUUUUUGUUUGGUGGUGUUUUGUACUGUACCUACUAUUUUUAAAAGGCAAGAGGGAAAGAAAACUUUCUACUAUAGAAGGACCUCGUAAUUGCUUUCAGUAAACCACGAUUGCCAACACUUGUCUUGAGCAGAGUUUAUUAUUCAUUGGUCACAUUCCCAGACCAAUUAUUAUAGAAGGACCUGUAUCGCACUCAUAGUCACAAACAAAAUUAUCUGUCAUUUUCUGGGGAAAACGAGCUUAUAUUUGGUAUGUAUCUUAUAAUAAACUAGAAGUUUUUGUACGUUUUUACACCAUUAAACUACACAAAAAGGUAUUUUUGCGGAGCUCUUUAACCGACGAACACGAUUACAACUAUUUAACAUCGAUUCAAUAAAGACAGCUUUUAUAAUCGCAUUAGAUCGUUGAUCAUAUACUUUGACAGAAAAGUAACAUUUAGCGAGGCAGGUCCUAUACAAUAGUUGGUCUGAGGUCACAUAAGAUUAUUAUGUUACGUUAUUUGAUGGCACAAGCGAAUCGUUAAAGAAU